AUGCUUGAAUUUGUUUGCACCAUGGUAAGAAUAUCUGAGGUUUUGGAGUUUUGUAGACCUUAUUUUAAAGAGGAAGCAUGUCUCAUCGCAAGUUUGAACACCCAAGACAUGGCUCUUUGGGAUUUCUUCCAAGGAAAAGAGCAGCCCGCCACAGAGGAAAAGGGUAAUAUUCCCUGUAGAAGUUCUAAGUUCCUCAACAUGUGUCCACAUUGGAAUGCUACUGUAUGCAUAGUUGGCUUGAAGGCCUUCCCAAAAGAUGAUCCAACCAAAUCUUGCAGUUUGACUGCUUUCCUGGGAUACAAAGCCGGAAUGACCCAUAUUGUGAGAGAUGUUGAAAAACCAGGAUCAAAGCUACACAAGAAGGAAACAUGUGAAGCAGUUACAAUUAUUGAAACACCGCCAAUGGUGGUGGUUGGGGUUGUUGGUUAUGUGAAGACUCCCCGUGGUCUCCGUUCUUUGGACACAGUGUGGGCUCAGCAUCUGAGUGAGGAGGUGAAGAGGAGAUUCUACAAGAACUGGUGCAAGUCUAAAAAGAAGGCAUUCACCAAGUACUCAAAGAAAUAUGAGAGCGAAGGUGGGAAAAAGGAUAUCCAGGCUCAGUUGGAGAAAAUGAAGAAGUACUCCUCUGUGAUUCGUGUUUUGGCCCACACUCAGAUUAGAAAAAUGAAGGGAUUGAAGCAGAAGAAAGCCCAUCUGAUGGAGAUUCAGGUGAAUGGUGGAGACAUUGCAAAGAAGGUUGACUAUGCUUACAGUUUGUUUGAGAAGCAGAUUCCUGUUGAUGCUGUUUUCCAGAAGGACGAGAUGAUUGACAUUAUUGGGGUGACCAAGGGGAAGGGUUAUGAGGGUGUGGUGACACGUUGGGGUGUGACCCGGCUUCCACGUAAGACCCAUCGUGGGCUGCGGAAGGUAGCCUGUAUUGGUGCCUGGCAUCCAGCUAGGGUUUCAUUUACUGUUGCCAGGGCUGGGCAGAAUGGUUAUCAUCAUCGUACUGAGAUGAACAAGAAGAUUUACAAGCUUGGAAAGGCUGGGCAAGAGUCACACUCUGCAAUGACUGAGUUUGACAGGACUGAGAAGGAUAUUACACCAAUGGGAGGUUUCCCACACUAUGGUGCAGUGAAAGAGGAUUAUCUUCUAAUGAAGGGCUGCUGUGUGGGUCCUAAAAAGCGGGUUGUUACCUUGAGGCAGUCACUUCUGAAGCAGACAUCUAGGGUUGCUUUGGAGGACAUUAAGCUCAAGUUUAUUGAUACGUCAUCCAAAUUUGGCCAUGGUCGUUUCCAAACUACCCAAGAGAAGGCUAGGUUCUACGGCCGGCUGAAGGCUUAA